AUGUUCUGGAACCAAUCAUUGAAGCGUCAUGACCGCCAAGCCAGAAAUUGGCAAUUAAAGCACUACUUGAGUUAUCGUUUGAAAACUGAUGAGAAUAUAUUACCGUGGGACACGGUUUAUAGUGAUUGGCAGAAGUCACUCAACUUAGUUAUCAAAGACUGCGCUAAAAUAGUUCCCAAAACUGUAUCAGGUUUCUGCAAAGAUUUAGUUAAUGUUUGCGACACUUUCGAAGGUUCCGUCGUUCGUCAAAGCUGUGAGAAUUUGUAUACCGAGUUCUAUCAACGGAAUGUUGAUUCCCAAAUUGUUGAAAGACAUCGACUUUUGGAAGCAACAAUAUUUUCAGAGCAAAAUUUUGCGGAAUUCAUGCAAUCGUUAAAUAAAAAACGAAUAGGUGAAGACAUUGGAAAGGAUUCGUCAUCCGAUGAAAAACGAGCUCGUUCCAACGAAUAUAAUGGGGGCAAUUUCCCUCAAACAUGUGACACAGAAGAACUUGACGAAUCAGAAACCUGUUCGCAAGAAUCCAGUACAAUUUUGAAUAAUUAUAAAAUCUACAGACGUGAAGUAAUUAAUACCCUUUCGGAAAAUGGUAUAGUGGACUUAAGUCCGACAUCUGAAUUUGUUCUCUUGUACCUGGAAGAAGCGGAGUACGAUACAUUGAUAAAAGAAGUUUUUGAUCCAAUCGAUAAAAUCUUUCCAAAAGAAGGGGUUGAAUUUCUAACCGAUUUCUUUUCGAAGAAACUGAGCGAACAACAAUGGGAAGACAAAAUUGAAAAUUUAAUGAAAGUCGAUUCCGAACAAACCAAUUUUAUUAUCAAAUUAAAAAAGGUUGAUAAUAGAAACGUUACCGAUAUUGUAAAUAAUCCACUUAAAAAUAAAGAAAUGACAGAAGAGGAGUAUAUGAAUAUCUACAUUCAUCCAGUAUUAAAAAAAGCAUUGAUCCGGUUCUCUGAUAUUAGAUAUGUUCCAGGUAAUAAGGCUAUCAAAGCCUCCGCUUAUCGAAAAACAGUGAUGAAACAAAGAGGAGCUGCAGAUCGGGCGGAUGGGAUAGCAUACACUUCAAACAGUCAAAAUUCAUAUGAGAUAUCCAUCACAGAAGGGAGCCGACCGUACGUUACUGACAAAAAUAAAGAAUCCAGUGAUUUCAUUCAAAAUGCGAGAGCAGCCAAAGACCUAAUUAACUUUGCUGUAACGCAAGAGGUAUUACGCAAACGGCCACUUCCAUCUCACUUUCGAACAUUUAUGGUUCAAGUUAUUGAGUUUAAUUUACGAUUCUAUUUGAUGGAUUAUCGCACUCAAUAUUGUAUCUUUGAAAUCGAAACAUGCGAAAUAUCUUCAGAUUGGAAUGAAACCCUGCAAUUCACUUCUUUUUAUAGGGCAAUUAUAACAUGGGCGUUAUUGGUGGGAGAAGCUGAUAAAAAGUUUCAGGAGUCAAGAAAUAAAAAGAGUUCGCGCCUAAGUAACUGUCACAAUAUCCGAAAACUAUUAAAGCUUUCACACAAUAACGAACGCGGUG